AUGCAAAGUUUCACUGAAAAAAUUGUGAAUUUGAUGAAGAGUGAAAAUCUGUUUCAGUCCCAGGGUGGCCCCAUCAUACUUUCUCAGAUUGAGAAUGAGUAUGGGUCACAAGGUAAGGCACUUGGAGCUGCUGGUCAUCAGUACAUGACUUGGGCUGCAAAUUUGGCGGUUGGGUUCGGUACAGGAGUUCCCUGGGUAAUGUGCAAGGAAGAAGAUGCCCCAGAUCCAGGGAAUUCAUGGAGGGAUGGGCUGCAUACAAGUAUAACCUCCCAGUACAUAUCAUUUGUUGUCUCAACGAUGGUUCACUCAUGCAUCUCCUACACUUUUCAAUGCAGGAACGCCAAGGCCCCAAGGUUCAAUGACACUGCUCGUUAUGUUGAUCAAGGGGGUGGCAAGAGGAAAGGUGCUUUUGUUGUAUAUCUAGAGCCAUGGCAUGCUGAUAUUUUUGAAUUUCUGGAUUUAACGAAAAACCAUGGGAAGCCAUGGCAUGCUGAUAUUUUUGAAUUUCUGGAUUUAACGAAAAACCAUGGGAAGAUCAUUGAUUUUUCUAUUUCAGAGUUUUCUAUUGCAACUAAUAUCAUAGUGGGAAUUGCCAUUCUUGAAGAGCACCGUGCCCGGGAUCUAUUUUAUGCUCUUUGGGUACCUGAUCUCUUUAUGGAAAGAGUCCAAAGCAAUGGGCACUGGUCGUUGUUUUGUCCAAAUGAGGCUCCAGGUUUUGCUGAUUGUUGGGGUGAGGAAUUUGAGAAACUAUAUACCAAAUAUGGAAGAGAGGGUAAGGCAAAGAAAGUUGUUCAGGCACAGAACAUCUGGUUUGAGAUUUUGAAGGCUCAAAUAGAGACCGGGACCCUUUAUAUGCUAUUUAAGGACACUUGCAAUAGAAAAAGCAACCAGCAGAACCUGGGAACCAUCAAGUCUUCAAAUUUGUGUACUGAGAUCAUUGAGUACUUGAGUCCAACGGAAACUGCUCUAUGUAAUGAUGUUCAGAGGAUGCUGUCUGCUGUAAAGUAUCACGAGCUGAAUGGAUCAGGCACCUGGACUGUGGCCUGA